AUGGAGGCGUACGCGCGCGUGCGGUGGAACGAGACGCUGCAUCCGUCGAGGUACGACGCGACGGCGCCGGGCGGAUUGGGCUCGGCGUUGGCGUCGAUGCGGAGCGAGCACGGGAACGACGAUAAGAUGGCGCUGAUCGUGUGCUUAUUGUAUGAGCGGUAUGAAUUGGGCGAUCGAAGCGCGUUCGCGGAAUAUUUCAGGACGAUGCCGGGGGAAUUCGAUACGCCGACGCACUGGAGCGACGACACGGCGAAGGAGUUGCGCGGGAGCGAUACGUACGAGGUGGACAUCGUGGAUGAGUACAAGUUGUUGAAUACGGUGUGGAACGCGCUACGCGUGCGAGUGUUUGACGUUUACACGGAUGUUUUCGUCGGGAAAGCGGCGAGAUCGUUGUACGCGUUGCGGUGGGCGUGGACGGUGGCGCACGCGCGAGCGACGCGGGUGAGCGGCAAGGAUGGGUUGGCGCUCGUUCCGGUGAUUGAUAUGAUUCGAGAGUGCGGCAAAGAUGUUGAUGCUGAUAAAACUGACAUCGUCGAUGACGAGGGAUUCGCGGUGUACGAUCCACACGCGGAUGAGGUGGUGGUGUACGCGAAGCGAGACUACGCUCCGGGCGAAGAACUUUGCGAGCGAUUCGGCGGCUGGAACAAUGGCGAGUCGGUGCAGCAUCUCGGGUACUUACCAGACGUGCAUACAAACUCAACGCGUAAUUGUGUGUUGAUGGUUCUCACGCCAGAGAAGAAAAGAAACGAAGAGAAGGUUCGCAAGGCUGGUUUUGACGUCCCCUGGCGCGUUUGCGUACCGUCUGCGGCGAGCGAGUCGUCUUUGGACAUGCUCUCGGCGUAUGCCGAGCUCGCGAGUGGUCGUGCCGUGGAGAUCGGUGGCGAUGGUGUGCCUAAGAAUGUUCGUCGUGACGGUGUACGAGAUGUCCUACUAGCGCGUCUCAAACGCUACCCGACUUCGCUCGAGCAAGACGACGCCGCGCUCUCGACGAUGCGUGAUUCCAUGCGAGAAUUCGCCGCCGCACUCGAGCGAGAUGACAUGCAACUUCUCGAGCGCGAGCGCGUUCGAGAAAAACUCAGAGACAUGCGUCGGAGCGCGCUGGCAGUGGAACUUCGCGUGCGCGAAAAGACCAUCCUCAACGCUCUCAUAGAUAGAGUAGCGCCCGCCGCGGAUGAACUCGUCAAGGAUGAGCUGUAG